AAUUUCUCUGGUUUUGACCAAUUCAGGCUGAAUAAUUUGUUUUGGUUUUACAGACUGGAUGCAUGUCUACACAAAAUUUUCUUUUAUAUUGCCAGCUGGAUUUUUAGAUCAUUUCCAUGGGGUCGUUCAGCUAUCCUUGCAGAGAGGAAAAUGUUGCUGUAAGUUUUAGGUGUUGGCUAACAACUGGGAAUGAGUCUAUCCUGGUGAUUGAAGCAUGGCAUUUUUCCUGUGUUACAGCACUGACAGUUUGAAAGCUGGGCACGGGAGAGCUGGCACUUCAUUGCAAGAGAGAGAGGAGAGAGUUGGAGAGGGCAGUCGAAUCUAGGAGAAAAGUUAUGGAGUGACAAGAGAUUUUCAGCCCUGCUCACAAGGAUGAGGUGACUGGCAGGCCUGAGUCAUCCCAUUGGUCACACUGCCAGCAAAAAAUCAUUCUGAAGAAUGGGAAGAACUGACCUUCUUCCAUGCAAACCAGCUUGGCUUCCCGUAACCAACUCAGGCAGGACAUAUACAGGAGCUGAACAAACAUCAGCAGGUUGAAAUGAAUGAGAGUUCAGCUCCCUACAACAGAGCAGGAAUUACAGCUAAAUUCCUCCCAGUACCACUGCUUUUCAUAUGCUUUAAUCAAUAGAUCAGAUUCAGACAGGAGCUUCAUCUUCCCUUCAUCUGCCUUCCAAGAAAGACAUAAGGACUUUAGAAGGUGCCAUAGUGCAAGGACACAAAAUGCCCUGAAUGGAGCUUCUGUUGCAGAGGAGGAGCAAGAGGAAACAAGGAGGGUCUUCACUGUUGGCUGUGACUAUCCAGAACUCUCAGUCAAGCUGCAGCUUCAGGCGGAGGAACGAGGAGUGGUGUCCAUCAAAGGUGUCAGUGCCAAUCGCUUCCUGGCCAUGAAGGAGGAUGGCAGAUUGCUGGCCUUGAAAUAUGCAACAGAAGAAUGUUUCUUUUUUGAGCGUUUGGAAUCCAAUAACUAUAACACUUACCGGUCACGGAAAUACUCGGAUUGGUACGUGGCACUGAAAAGAACUGGACAGUACAAACCUGGACCAAAAACUGGACCUGGACAGAAAGCUAUCCUUUUCCUUCCCAUGUCCGCUAAAAGCUGACUUCCAUGGCAGAUUCUGAGCAUCAAUGCCACACAGCGUUAAAGAUGUUGCCUUUCCUGCUCCUCUCCGAAGUAGCCAAAUAGAAGCAAUUAUUUGCUG